UGACGUAAGAAUCCCCACGUGGCAGUUCGGCAAAAAUCCAAAAAGAAUGGGACGUCACCUCGCGACAGCGACGCGAAUGGCCUCGAUAAUAUUACUCCUUAACUUUUUUGGGCUAUAGAGUUGGGAAGAGGCGGCUCAGUGGGUCAAGAAGACGGCUUAGCUGGAAUCAACAGCUCACACGAGAGCAGCGUCAGACCAAGUGUGGCCCCGCCAAGGCCCAUCACUGUUGUCGGGUACACACAAUCCCUUUUACCGCCCUUGAAGACUUUGCCGGAUUAAGCAACAUCAACAAAUUUCCUUGCAAUGUUCGUCAACUUGCCCUGAGUGGACGUUCGUUGUGCAAGCCGUCGGAUAAAGCAUAUAACGCACAGUCAUGGCGCUGGACCGACCUAGGAGUCCGACGAGACCGGAGCUUAAUCUCGAGACCUACUCCCGCCGUCGUCUCUCAGGCGCUGGUUUCCCAACAGCUAGGGUUGGCCUUGGAAGUCCUCAACUUGCCGGAGGUACAUGGAGUGGAAGGCGUGUCCGAGGGCUCUCAAGUGGUACAGAGAGUGAUGGUCUGCCGUCAAGUGGGACUUCUAGCGAUAGACGGAAAAGUGUCGUUAGCGAGGUCUCUGGUCUUCCAUCACCACCGGGCACCAACAGUGACAUUGCAUUGCCCAACCUCGGUGAACCUUCCUUGAUGAUGGAGUCUCCACCCGUCGACCUCACUUCGCCGAGACCACCUCUUCGUCCACUUCGACCGCUGCCUCCUUCCAUCUUUGGCCGAUCCGUCUCAUCAGGAUCUCGCUCGUCCCUCGGCGGCGACGAUCUGGGCGCUUCUAGUCGGACGAUCAGACCCAUAGGUGCGCUGUCUCGAUCGGUCUCAUCCUCCUCCAGUCUCUCCCCGCUCAGUCCAAAACGCGACUUGCCGAUUGUGAAUGAUGGUUCGGAUGAUCUGGUGGAUCUCCGAAGCAGCCGUGGGGAAAGUCCGUAUGAGACUCGAUCUCAGCGGACCAUUUCAGCCGGUGCUGUGCGAUCUCCCCAGCAGCAAUCUGUCACUCCACGCUCACGUCAUCGCUACUCGCCCUCCGCUCCCUUACCUCGCUCACCAGAGGAGAAUCCACAUUCUCCCCAAAAAUCAUUCGACGCCUCUCUCCUUGUGGAGGAUGAAGAAGACGACCGCCGUCCACGUUUGACUCGCAGAGAGAGCAGCGGAAUCGACCUAGAUGCAAAAAUUCGAGAGGCAGAGGAGAGGAUUCGACAAUCAGCCGAUAGAGCGCAGAGACCGAGGACGUCGCCUGAACGGAAGGAGAGUCCAUCCCACAAGACAUUACGACGACACGAUUCAUACACUCGAGUCAACAAUCUGAUGGUACAUGCAGAAUCUGAUACGAUGAGAAGGAGUCUGACGGCGACUGGGACGGUCAAGCGAAGUCCCGGCUUUGACGAAUUGAGAGAUUUCAGUUCCAUUAACGAGAAGGAUCGGAGUGGAGGAAGUGCUGGCAGUACGAAACGAAAGCCUCUGCCAGCAUCCUUUCGAGAGGCGGGCAUGUUCACUCCCUCGCCGUCGGUCAAAUCGCGCGACAAACCUACACCUCCGCAUCAAGACACGUCGCCGACACAUUCGAUGAGAUCUCUUCCACCCUCAAAUCGAUUCAGUACCACCUCCCGGAUCGAGCAGUCGCCUCGUGAUAAUAAUCUGCGUCCAUCACGAGAAGGUCGUGCUUGGCCUGACGCAAUCCCUCGAGCCCAAAACGUUCGAGCAUCCACCCCGAAUAGUCUUGACCGUCGGACGCGGACCGAGAGUCUCCGUGCUCGAAUGUCACGGCUGACCCUCUCGCCUUCCGAUUCAGUCUCUGCGAUUGGCGCUAAAUCAGACUAUCAUUCUUCCUCCAAAGAUCCACUGGAUGUCCUGAGGCGGAUCGAAGAGCAGCGACAUCAGCACAAGCAAUCUUGGGAUCUCGAGCGAUCAACGUCUGUUCUCGCUCAAAGGCCAAGUUCAGGCUCCGCUAGCCCUCAGCCACCUCGUUCAACUACAUCCAUGAGCUCGCUACGGAGUUCGAGGCGACUGGAAGACUCUCCGUCGGCGCUUCGAACGUCUGUCAGGCAGAGAAGUCACAUUGACUUGCAUCCUCGCUCCAAGCAGAGCUCCACCUCGCUUGGAGGUCACUCCAAUACCAGCUUGGAUAUCCAUACCGCAUCGACGGAUCACGGUCGACUGUUGUUCGAAGCAUGCCGUGCCCUGGAUCUCAAGAUCCCUGCGGACAAUCACCCUGCUCUUGCAGAUCUGCUGAAAUCAUUUGCCAGCGCUUCGAAAUCUGCUGAGCAUGUCAACUCUGGCAUCCGUACAGCCGUUGACGUUGGCGAUCGGCUACUGGUUGAUGCGGAUUCAGAACGGUUACACGAGAUGUUAUUGGUGCUCCGAGAAGCUGGACGAGCUUCAGAUAGCCACAUUCGUGAUCUGACACGGAUCAUGUUGGAUCUGCCUCGAAUCCUACGAGAACCUCACAUGUCGGAUUCAGCAUUGCCUAGUCCUCGACAAACCACCCAUCUGGGUUCGUUCCGCCAUCAGCGACCUGUUCCCGAAUCGCCAGUCAGGCGGAAUGGAGACCUCCCUCGAGCAUCGACAUCGGCCUCAUUCUACACUCCUCCUCCAUCUAGACGCCCUCGUGAAUCCUUGCCGCCAACGUUUGUCUCCAGCCCGAUGACCCAUCGAGGUGGAUCAGCUUUGGUCCCACGUUCAAAGAGCAGCCUUGGAUCGCCCCGGCCCGAGUUGAACGACAUUGAAGCGUCUCCACCUCUACCGCUUAACGCCGUCAAAGUCGCCACGCCUCUUUCACCAGCUCGACGAGACAUUCUUCGUAAGCGGACAUCGGGGACGUCGGCGCAUACCGUCAGAGCUGGAAACACAUUCUUUCCUCCUGACAACCGUGGAAAGGCCACGACAGCAGUGAGCGCUGUGACUGCUGGCCAUCGGUCACCUAGUAUGUCUCGAUUCAGCAAGUCAAGUGAAUGGGAACAAGGUAACACGAGAGGCAUGUCGAUGGAUCCAAAGCAAGGAGGAGGUGGCGGUGGAGGUGGACCCCAGAGUCCUAUGAGCAGAUUAAGCAGCUAUCAUACGGCUGAUGCGGGAUUCGACGCGUCUUCGACUGCUUCUUCAUCGUACGAAACGUCUGCGGUGUCGUUGCUCGAACAACGGCUAGCCGAUGCACAGAGGGUCAGAGAGGAAGGAGGCGGAGCCGAAUUGGCCAGGAGGGCGACGAUCGGGAUAGGGUCAGAAAGAAAGAAGGAACGGACGCAGAGCGUUAGUGAGAGAUUUCGAGCGACACAGAGGCGAGGUAAGGAUUAGCAUGCUCGAAUAUAGGAGCGAGGCUUCAUGGGAUCGAAUCGUAUAAAUAAGAUGAACACUGGGUGCAUGAAGAGCUGGUAAUUGGACC